GUCGGGGCUCCGUGUCACUGCAGCCCAGCCGCUCACGCCUUCCUGCCCAUUUUCGUCUGUCCUUGUCAGCUGUGAGGAAUGUGCGACGCACAUUGCGCAGCCCCCCUCCUGCAGAGGGUCCAGUUCACAGCCUCCUCUGCUGUCUCUGGUCUUUACUGGAAUCAUUCCCCUUUUUCAGAGCUUCAUUCCGGCUUCUUCCUCUGUUGCUGAUCGGUGAGUACAGCCACUGUUUCCUCUCCGUACUUUGACGAGCAGUGACAAAGUUGGAGCUGUGACCGUGAGAGAUUGGUGUUGUGAGGGGGCUGCAUGUGUCCCCUCUUCUAUUUUUACAUCAGAGCCCUCCCAGAGCUGCACAACAUCAGCCUGACACAGACAAACAUAGCUCAGACUGUGACAGGAUUACAGGUCCUUUUGUGGCUGAACAAACUGUUAAUAUUACAACAAAACCCGAAUUUCACUGUAAUUGUGAAUGUACUGUUUUAAUAUUUGAGGAGAGCAGCUCCAGACUGAUAUUUAUACUGCAGGCUUGAUGUGACAUGAGACAGGAUGUUCUCUGACACUUAACAUAAACUGCCCUUCCCCUUACAAAACUUUGUUAAUUUUUGAUUUGUUAGACCUGACAGGUACAUGAAUCCAAUUCAACAAGAAAAUAAAUGAAAAGAUUAAAAGAUAAAUAGCAAAAAAGGUACACAAUUCAACAACUGAGAAAAUAAGACAAUGAAAUAUCAGAUGUUACUUGUUACUGCGGCUUUGCAACAGAUUUGUCAAUUCUUUUGCUGGGAGGCUGUUUGGAAAGGCAAAGAUUAAACAAAGAUAUAACAGAGUGAAGUGAACUGGAAUAAUGAAAUAAAAGGAAUUAACAAAGUUAAUAAAGACAUAAAACAUGAAUUAUUAGGGUUUAAAAUAGGACUCACAUCAGACUAUCUUUAUGACAGAUAUAAAAUAGUUGUACAUUAAAAAACUGCAUCCUGAAAUGCACCGUCCAUCUUCAACCACUUAUCUGGAGUUGGGUUGCAGAGGCAGCAGCCUUAGCAGGGAAGCCCAGACUUCCCUCUCUCCAGCUUUGUCUAGCUCCUACCGGGGGACCCCAAGGCAUUCCCAGGCUAGCUGAGGGACAGCUUGGUCUCUCCAGCAUGUCCUGGUUCUUCAUCACUGUCUCCUACAGGUGUGACAUGCCCUGAACAUCUCACCACAACAUCUCUCUCUCCAGCAAGGUGUCUGGGAGGCAUCCUGAUUGGAUGUCUCCCACUCCAUCUUACCUCACUUGUGAACAACACCCUGAAGUACUUGAACUCCUCCACUUCGGGCAGGAUCUCCUUCCCAACCCCGAGAGUGCACUUUACCUUUUUCCAGGCCGAGAACCAUAGACUCAGAUUCGGAGGUGCUGAUUCUCAUCUCAGCUGCUUCAUGCUCGGUUGAGAACUGACCCAGUGAAAACCGAAGGUCACGGCCGGAUGAAGCUAACAGGACCACGUCAUCUGCUAAAAGCAAACUGCAGAAUGAAACAUGAGUUCAAAUCUUCAAAAACUUUGUGGGUAAACUUGGUCACAAAAUUUCAUGUUUGUAAACCACAAGUUGAUUUUUGUUCAUUGUUUACACACCAUGGAUUUGCUGCAUCCAGAGCAAAAACAGUUUGCUUCAGAAAGCAAAGUCACAUUUUCUAUGGUGUACACACUGACAUUAGCAUUUGAGUCAAGGUUAUUUUUAUUUUUUGCUCAUAUUUAUUUUUUCAGGGAGUUUUGGCCUUAUUCAUAGCUCAGCUGAAGAGAAGCAGGAAAUUUGAGUACAAAGAUCAGAGGGUGAUAGUUUAGCUUCUGUUUUGGUUCUCAGCAAAAGGGUCAAGCUGACUGAAAUCCCCUGUGGGUGAUACACUUACAGCACCCAACUACCCCAAAUGACCACACUUAAAACAAAUUGAACUGUUCCUUUAAUUUAAAAACAGUACAGCUCUGUAAAUCUGUUUACCUACCAAUCUGACACUCUAGGUCACUGCUUCAAGACACCCUAUUGUUAAUCCUGCACUUUACAUUUGUAGCCAUUUUGUUCUUCAGUUGUAUUGAGAUUUAUUAUUGCCUAAUUGUCAUGUAGUUCAGUGGUUUUGUAAAGUUAUUGUUAUUAGUAUUGUAUUGUUUUGGGUUGGGUUGUUAACAAGUUAUGUUGUAUUGUAUUUAAACCCUAUGAAAUCAUAUUAUACCGUAGCAUAUAAUAUCAUAAUCAUACUGCAUUGAGUCACGCUGCAUCAUGUCAUAUUGCAUCCUAUCAUAUCUUGUUGUAUCGUAUUUUGCCGCAUCAUAUUAUAUUGUGUCUUAUUUUAUUCUAUUGUAUUGUAUUUUAUCUUAUCCUGUUGUAUCAUAUCUCACCUUGUCGUAACUUAUUAUUCCAUAUCAUAUUGUUUUGUAUUGUGUUGUAUCAUAUCGUAUCAUAUCAAAUCAUUUAUUAUUUUCUGUUAUAUUGUAUUGUUUCAUAUUGUAUCUCUAGUGUUUUAGUGUAUUGAAUGGAAUCUUAAUGUUUUGUAUUGUUUGUGUCAAGCAUUGUAUCACAACUGUUUUAGCCGUCUCAUCAGUGGUUGGGUCAGUUAAUCAAAUUGAACUCCGCUAAUUAUAUGGCCAUUUACAAAGAUCUUAAUUUUGAUAGCAGUUAAUCAGUCAGUUAUGUUCAGAAAUAACUGAAGUUAAUUUGAACCUGCUGAAUGUUUGACUUUCCACCCACUAAAAUAAAGGUUGUAUGCAGUGAGUGAGGUACUCGGUGGCAGUCUGGGGAAGCCCUCGAUCUUGUGCUCCAGUGUUACGCUGAAUUCUUAGACAGAUUCUUUGGGCAACAUACACCAUUAUAACUGCCAACUGCAUGUACACUUUGCACACAUAUUAUAAAGGCUUUUGUCGACAACAAUAAUGCAACAAACAGACUACACAGAUUUGUUUGUGUAAUCCGGUAAUAAUGGGAUACAGCCUACCAUAGAUGAGGUAGACUUAUUUCUGUCAUAAUCUGAUUCUUGCCCAUUGCAUGUGAACUUUGACAAGAACAGCAGUCCAGUUUAAUCACCGAAGUGAUCUUUACUCUAACUGUGCAUGUAGACGUACAGACUGUCCUCUGGACUUUGUGUCUCAGACAGAAGACACAGUCAGACCAGAACAAUUUAUCUUCCUCACUCACAUGUUCUCUCACCUUGCCCUCCUCUUCAAGGUGACCGAGCUGCAGGAUGUCCUCUACCCCCCUCCUCUUCACCACGCUGGCCCCGCUCCCCUCGGCCUCUCCUGGCGUCCUGGAGCCGAAUGCCACUUCCUGCCAGGAGUGGGAGCAGGCCCACCACCUACUCUUCCAUUUGGGGAACGUGUCCCUGCUGCUGGGUUUGAUCAUCCCCACCACCAUGAGCCUGCACAUGAUCCUGCUGCGCCUGCUGCUGGUGACAGGUCUGCAACUCCCACAGUCCCCCCCUAACUCCAUGAUGGCAUUCCUGUGCUGAUUAUCCUGCAGCUGUAGGCACAGGCAACACCACAGAUCCUUGCUCUUGUUUAUUAAAAAUGUGUGUGUUUGAUCAGGUAGAGUUUGGUGAAGCUUUAAUUCAGUUUAGUGAAGUUUAAAACCUGCAGACAGACAGACGGAGAUCAGAGUGUGUAAAAGGCUUUGACAGCAGAUAGAGGACACAGAGGACACUGACUGGAAACAGAACCUCUACAUGUUUAUCUUAAGAGAGUGGGAACAGGAAGACGCAGGAAUUAUGGGUAAUGUGGUUGAUAUUUUGACAGGUCAUUUAUUUAUAUUGUCCUCUGGGGUGAGCCUGUCCCUGAGGAGUUUUACAUGAACAAAAACAGAGAGGGUAAGAGAAGGAGACACAGAAAUAAAUCCUGAGAGGCAGCUUUAUAAACAGAGGACUAAGUUUAAUUGUUAUGGUUUGGAUGACUUUUUACCAACACUCAGUAAGUGCUUGAAAAUCCAGGAGAUCUGUUUCUGGCAUUUGGAAAGUAAAAUGUACCAUUCUUGGCAUUUCUAAAUAAGCAGCAUUAAACCAGCAUGAGCCUUUUCUCAGACAGUCUGAAAAUCAUCUGACCGAAUGUUACAAACAGAUAGGAUUGAAUUGUGUCUUGAUGUUAGGUCAUGAUAAAUGAUAUUUAUGAAGGUGGUUACACCUGUUGUCUUUCUGAAGCAUCUUGAGACAACACUUCUUGUGAAUUGAAGCUACAGAAAGAUUGAUUGACUGAGAAGACAGGACUGCAGGGAGGCCAGUUUAGCAGCAGGACUCUUCAACUACAGAGCCAUGCUUAAUGCAGAAUUUGGUUUGUCAUUGUCCUGCUGAAAUAUGAACUCUUUCCUGAAAAAGUCAUUGUAAGGAUGGCAGCAUAUGCUGCUUGAAAACCUGCAGAUUUUGUUCAACAUUAAUGGAGGCUGUCAAAUUUGAUUGGUUGGACCACAGGACAGUUUUACACCUCACUUCAGUCCAUCUUAAAUGAACCCCAUUGAUAAAAACAGGAAUUUUCUCCACACAAAUAAGAAAAUUCACACAGUACAUGAGAGUUGCUGGUGUGCAGCUUCCUUAUUUAUCAAGUGUUUUAUGACUUAUUGACCUCAGACUCAAAAUGACAUUUGUGACAAACUAAAUAAAAAAAUAGCAACAUUAAAAAACAGGACACUGCUGCAUUCUGAGCUCAGAUCUCUUUUUAAUGAUUGUAUUUUGAUAGGUUUGUACAGAGCGGUCUAACACUUGUUUGUAGUUAAAAACUUCUUUCUCUUAAACAAAUAACUUUCUCUCUUUUGGGAUCCUCUCUGUAAUGCUGUCUGACUCUUCGGAUAACAAUCUAAGCCUUUUAGGAACAAAAACUUACAGUGGACAUACUUUGAUGCAUAAAGGAUGAUGCUGCAAACUUUACAGCCUGUUUAUCAGCUGCAGGAUGAAAAAAUCUUAUGAGACACUCGGGGACUUUUUGCAUCGUAAAUCUGUUACAACCCCAAGAUACAUGAUUUUCCUUUAACCAUCCAUACUCAUUAAUCAGUUUCCAAUCUCUCUCGUCCUCAGGCUGUGGUCUCUUCAUCGCCUGGGCGACUCUGUACCGGUGUAACCUGGACGUGAUGGUGUGGAACGUGGUGUUUCUGGUGGUGAACUUCAUGCAUCUGUUCUUCCUCCUCUACAAACGUAGACCAGUGAGCUUUACUUCUGCAAACACACUCCAAUUAUUCCUCUACAUGCAGACCAUUCAGUGACUAAUAAUGUGACCUGGUUUUGGUUCUGCUUAAUGGUGAUGGGAUGUGGAUUAAAUCCACAGGAGGUUUAGGGGGGAUGUUCAGUGUCAUUUUGGCGAAACAAAUGAGCUGACAGUCACACCAGAAUGUUUCCUAAUGAGACAGAAGGGCUGUUUCUUUUGUCACUGCUCCUCCACCUCUUCAUACACCCUCUGAAUACGUUUUCUAAAUAAAGCACAGCAUCAUUUUUUUCUUCUCUGUUGGAUUUCCACUCAGAAAAAGGAGCAAUGUUAAAUCUGCAUCUCUGCCCUCUCAGAUAAAGAUUGACAGGGAGCUGCGAUCGGUCUAUAAGCGGAUGUUUGAGCCCCUCCAUGUGAAGGAAGCUCUGUUUCAGCGGCUUACAGGACAGUUCUGCACUAUCCAGACCCUAAAGAAGGGACAGGCCUACGCCGCUGAGGACAAGACGUCUGUGGAUGAGCGGCUCAGCAUCCUCCUCAAAGGAAAGUAUGUCAUGUUUAUGGUGUGCAGGGUUCAGAUGUUGCAUGAAAUAUCUUUUAAUCAUGAACCUAAAAUGCACUCUUUAGAUUUCAGAUACUCCUAAAUUUCAUUGUCGAUGUGUGACAGGAUGAAAGUUUCGUACAGAGGUCAUUUCCUCCACAACAUCUACACCAACUCAUUCAUCGACUCUCCAGAGUUCAGGUCCACUGAGAUGCACCGAGGCGAGAAGUUUCAGGUAGAGAAGUUUGUGACUCAGAUUAUUAUUCUGUUCUUGUGACACUUUAAUGUAAUCUCAAUAUUUGUCUCAUUUGCUGUGUGUUGUCUGGUUGAGUUGGCGUUUAGUGAGCUUUCAUUUUGGUAGGGAACAUUGAUGUGCAUUUUUAUCAUCUCUAGCCCUUUUAACAUCAUACAUUCAAUCGCUUUCCAGGUGAUUCAUUAAAGUCCUUAAUGGCUCAAAGCUCUGGGAGGAAACAGAGAUUCAGUCUCUGACCUUCUUUGUUUGUAACCCCUCCUCCCUUUGUUCACAAGCUUUUCAUUUUUUCCCUCUCUGUUGUUGAUUUAAAGUUAAAACCCACAACCUGCUGGCUCAUUUGUGUGUUUUAAUUCAUAACGUGGUUAACGAGGGAUUGCGGUUCGAUAAAGGGAAACCAGAGCACAUAAAAGACCUAUUUCCUGCUGACCUUUCUCUCGCUACUCUGCUUAGCCCUGGAGUCAAAGAAAGCCCUACUUGUUAAUAAAUGAGAUGCACAUUUUUGUCGUUUUUAAGGUGACCAUCAUGGCUGAGGAGAACUGUAAGUUCCUGUGUUGGUCCCGAGAAAGACUCACCUACUUCCUGGAGUCGGACACCUUCCUCAAUGAGGUGUUCAGGUACCUCAUCGGAAAAGACAUCACCAACAAGCUGUACUCUUUGAAUGACCCCACCCUCAGUGACAAGGUGCGUUCAAGUCCUCUUAAUAUGAAAGUUAUCACUAAAAUUAAUGAUUGGUUAAUAAUGUUUAUGAUGGGGAUGGUUUGGUGUGCCCCAGGCAGUAAAGAAGAUGGACCGUCAGCCCAGCCUCUGCUCUCAGCUCUCCAUGAUGCAGAUGAGGAACAGCUUGGCGAGCACCAGUGAUACUGAUGAUGUCCUAAACCAGAUUUUAAGAGGAGGGUCAGCCGGCUCAUCACUACGUAAGUUUCCAGUCUCAAGGGUCCUUUCAGGAGUUUCUAAGAUAAUAGUGAGAUGUGAGACUUAUCUCUGUCAAACUUUGAGUUGGUGCCCUGUGAAGUCAUGUCAGCCCUCUCUCUAGAAUGAACGAUUGAUAAGAAACUUAAAAAUAUAAAAAAGCUCCCAUUGUACGUAUUAAAACAGUCUAUCUAUGUCAUAAAUACUCCUGAGUACUAAUGCAGUCAGUGCUCAAAUCUGAGGAAAAGUCCAAGUCAUCAAUGCUCAAGUCAAGUCAAGUCAUGGGUCCUAGAAAUCCAGACUCGAGGUUCAGUCCUGGAUUGAAGUACACUGCUAAAAAGUAACUUAAACCAUAAGAGGACGUGAUUAAAACAUCACUCUUCUGAGCUGAAGUCCACGUAAACUUUGGCGCCCCUGGUGGAUAACUGAGUCUUUGCUUAUAUUGUCCUCUACACGCCUAAACAAACUCAUCCUGCAGAAGUCUUUCCACCAUAUCUUCUUUUUCCUUCAACAGAAUUCAGGGUGGGGGCAUUUGCAUUGCAACUCAAAUGUGAUCCUGUCUUUACACUGACUUCACAUGCUAUUGUGUGAAUAGUGUUAUUAUCAACUGGUGUGAACACAUUUUCCAUCCCAUAAUUGUCACAUAAAUUAAAAAAGAAAACAUGUAUCCUUCAUAUUUUUUUGAUCAGAGAUGUAUUUUGAGUUCAUCAUUGUCUCAUCAUCAAGAAAAGGGUUGUUAAUGAAAAUUUAUCAUCAGAAGUUUAAGUAACAAUUUAACACUGAUAAGAAUCCAUUGCCAUGGGAGCAGUACAAACUGUGGAAUCAGAGGGAGUACUCGUGUAAGCUGCAUGAACUGAACUGUUUUUUUGUAUCAACAUGCGCCUAACUUUAGCUGGUAGCUGGUAACUAAGUGGGAUACAUGACCCCUUCCCUGGUUGCACUUUCACAGGGAUUUUCAGAUUUUUGCAGCUUUUAUCUAGAAAGUAGCCAAAUCUUUGUUCAACCACAAAAAUCUGUUCAACCCCGAGUAGUUAUUGCUUGGGGUUUUUUAAUUUUUCUGAAAGCAUCACAUGCAUCAGGAGGAGAGACUGUAAAUUUAUGCAUUUGUGGUAAUGUGGGCUGAAACCAGCUGCAGAGGAGUGCAGCUCUCCAGGAUACAUUAUAGCAGCUCUGUGUGAGGAGCUCUCAGAGGUUUAAAGCAAAGCCUGUUAAUGCUGAUGGAGCUCAUUCACAGACCUUUUUCUACUCCACACACUGUACUCACCCUCUCAUCCUGCAGGUCAGGAUGCUUUGUGGGGACACUUCACAAAAAACGCCACUUUUGUGGAUUGAUUGUUGGAGCAUUUUUUACCCUGAGUGCGCAUAAGCAGAAAAAUGACUGUUUUGGAUUGAUGUUUAUUUAUUGUCUUUUAAGAAAAAUCACCUGGAACCAAGACCUCUGCAAAAAUGAAGCCCAUAGCUGAAGGCCUGGAGGACGACGUUUUUGAGGAAUCAACUCCUGCCAAGUCUGGUCACAUGGGCAGCACCUCUAGUGAAGAAGUGUAGACAUCAGGGACCAGCCUCAUGGUUUUCACACAUGUAUAAAUUUCCCCCUUCUUUCAGCUGAGAAGUGAGACACAAUGCUAGUUUGUUAGUGUCAAAAAAUAGGGUUAAGGUCAUUUGUGAAUUGUUUUUACAUUAUAUAGUUUAGAGACUGCAGAGAAGUUGGAUUUUAAACAACAAAAAGGCAACUUCUUGACACCCUAUUUGGUAUGGUUGCUCAUGUCUUGAAGUUAUAUUUAAAACGAUUAAAAUAGUCAAUGAGAUUUAAAUUUUGUGUUUGAAACACAAAUUUUCUUGAAAGUCAAAUUAAGAGUGAGAAUAGUGAUGAACUUUAUUUGGGUGUUAACUGUCUUGUCUUGUCAUCCUGAGUCUGGCUCUGCUUGAGGUUUCUGCCUGUUGAAGGAUUGUUUCCUUGCCCCAGUUCCUUGCCCAAUGCUGCAAAGUCUUUUGUUCCGAGUUUUGUUGGGUCUUUUUAAAUAAUAAAAAUGGUCGAGACAUGUUCUCUUUAAAGUGUGUGUAGAUAACAUUAGCUGCAAAUCAGCACUCUGCAGAUACAGAUUGUUUGAAAUGGACUGCAGGUGUUAGCACUGCCAACUCACAGCAGGAAGGCUCCUGGUUUGGAUUUGGACAGGGUUUCUUUCUGUGUGGAGUUUUAAUACCUUCCCAUUAAUCUGUGAGUUAACUCCAUAAGAGUUUCCUCAUGCGAUCAAAAGUCAUGUCCAUGCUGUCUACUGGUGGCAGUGCUGCCUUUUCAUAGUCAUACAAUGUAAUUCUGCUCAGUCACUUAUCGCAAUGGAGUGAUGAAGCUGUAACCAGCUGAUCCUUUUUUCUGCCUUGUUAUUGGCCAUCAUAAAGACUAGCUGACUAUUUUGUAAAAACUUGGCAUGUUGUAAAGCCUCGCCCUGAAACCCCUAACCUGCAGUUUUUAUCCUUGCUCACUGGAAUCAGAAAGUCUCCAACAGAGUAACUAUGGAGUUGCAUAAAACGAAAAGGUGGAAAACAGCCUCUCAAAGCUGUAGUUUUUGGUUUUAUGCAUCAUCUUUGUGAUUGACAUUUGACUUAUACAGGUGGGAUCCUGCCUCUUGUCCAAAGGACAACCAGUAACAGCCCUUAAGCCCCCACCAUGACCCCUUGACGGGAUAACCAGAGCAGAUGAUGUAUUUAUAUCUGUAGUCACUCAGAGUCUACACUGUGUGGAGUUGUCCUUGUGUGUGGGAAAAACUGUUUCAUAUUAUUUUCAUUGUACACACUAUAAGCAUCUUUCUGUUUUAGCCACAAGUUCAUGUGUCACAAUUGUCAAAGAAAAGUCUCUGUUAGUUAGAAAUUUCACCAUGAAAGUCAGGUAAUUGGAUAACUUACAUUUCUGAAAAAGUUUGAAGGAGUGUAUUGCUGUGUUUAGUAAGAAAUUGAAGAGGCAUGUCUCACAGUUUGAUAUAUGUUUUAUUUGUAUGGAAGUCCAGCCACUGUUUUUGAUUUCACACCUGUAUAACACAAAGUAAUAAAAAUGUGAUGAGUUAUU